CAGAUGUGCUGUAUUACUCUCAAAUCAGUCAUGGAUACACUCCUCUCUGUGGCUUUAUAGCCAUGGUGUAUGCCCAGUCAACAGAUACAACUGGUGUCAGUCCCUCCAUUUACUCUCCAUCUUUCACAUAUCAGAUGUCCUUUAACUACUCUGAGGAGGAAAACUCAACUGUCCUGGCAACCUUACCCACAACCCCCUUCUGCAACCAAAAUGGCUCCUCCGGCAGCCAGCAGAACAGGACCUCAGUCUCCUAUGAGCUGACAUCAGGUGAGGUAGCCAUCCUGGGGUUGGUGUUUGGAGUCCUCUGGCUGGUCUCCAUCCUGGGCAAUGCCCUGGUCUGCCUGGUCAUCCACCGGAGCCGGCGAACUCAGUCCACCACCAACUACUUUGUGGUGUCGAUGGCCUGUGCAGACCUGCUGCUGAGCUUGGGCUGCGCCCCCUUCAUCCUUCUGCAGGUCAUCUCCGGCCGAUGGCCCCUGAGUGCUGCUGCCUGCAAAGCUGUGCGCUAUGUGCAGCACCUUUGCCCUGGUGUGCAGAUCUACGUCCUGCUUUCUAUCUGUGUAGACCGCUUCUAUACAAUAGUCUACCCCCUCAGCUUCAAGGUCUCCAGGGAGAAAGCCAAGAAGAUGAUCCUGGCCUCCUGGCUGUUUGAUGCGGCCUUCGUUUCUCCCUGCCUCUACUUCUAUGGCUCUACAUCCACAGAUGGCAACACUGGCCACUGUGACUUUUUCCUGCCGGACAGCUGGGGCAGUAUAGCCUACGCCGUGGCUCACCUCCUCUUUGGCUUCAUGCUCCCGGUAGUGGUGAUAGUGUCUCUCUACCAGCGGGUGGUCCGCUACAUCUGGAGGAUCAGUGCUGAUGGACACACAGUGCGCCGGACAAUGAACAUUGUCCCAAGGACUAAAGUCAAGACCAUCAAGAUGUUCCUCAUGCUCAAUUCUGUGUUCCUCCUCACCUGGAUCCCCUUCUAUGUGGCCCAGCUUUGGCACCCAAAAGAGUCUAAUGGUCUGAGCCGAGAAGGGGCACUCUUCUUCACAGCCAUUGCCUGGAUCUCUUUCAGCUCCACAGCAUCCAAACCCACCUUGUACUCUGUCUACAAUGCAAACUUCAGAAGGGGUAUGAGGGAGACCUUCUGCAUGUCGUCCAUGAAAUGCUACCGCAGUAAUGCGUACACCAUCACGGCAAGCUCUCGCAUGGCCAAAAAGAACUAUGUCGGGGUGGUGGACAUCCCGGUGCCAGCAAAGACCCUCACUAAGGACUCUGUUUACGAUGCCUUUGACCGAGAGGCAAAGGAAAAGAAGCUAGCCUGGCCCAUCAACUCCAAUCCUCCUAAUACUUUUGUGUGAGCGAGCCAGCUUCUCAAACCGUGAACAUACACAGAUGGCUUAAUCUGGUACUUUGUUAAAAACUGCUCAAUGGCUCAGUAUCAAUGUUGGGUGAGUUAUGGGGUGCUAACAUGUGAGUUCUGUAUAUUCAGCUGCAGCUUAGAGCAAAGCCCCCAGCAGUGUAGGUGUAUUUAUAUAAGGGCCAGGUCAGGUGAUGUACCACACCUUCUGGCAGCCAUAUUGGAGGUCCACAGCUUUUGCUCUGCAAAGGCCUUGUGCAGCUGUCUUUAAACCUACGACUCAUCAUCAUUCCCAGUUCAUUUCUGUGUUUUGAACAUAUCUUUUCACCAGUGAUACAUCUGGAGUUUAGAUGAUGUCAGCAUGUUAGCUAGCUGACCAAUGUGUCUUUCAGCUGUCACCGACCUGUUCUAAAUAUGUGUAGCGUUAGCAGUGGUGGGUUGUCAUGUCAACAGCAAGUUCAUUUGAUUUGAUCAAUUAGGCCGAUGGCUAGUUAGCUGUCUAACAAAAUCAAAACCACUGAGAUACAGCUCAGUGGUUUGGAGCAGAGCCUAAACACCAGACAGUUUACUGUCUUGUUUACAGUGAGCUACAUUUGGAAUUCAAACGACUAACUUUUACUAACCAUCCUCCACAGUACACCAGUCUGUUUCAGGUAUGUCUCCUCCUCCUGUCUGUUGACUGUAUGCAGACAGUUCUCCAGUGGACCUCCAUGAUGGAGCUAGGUGUGACUGCUGGAAGAUUUGUGAUACAACUGUAAAGCCUUGGCCGCUGUUACACAGUGAAACUUUUCAUGCAGCUUAGUUGCAGCGGCGGGUUGCAAGUUGCAUGAGGUUCAACUGUACUGUUUCACAAAUCAUCUCAAAUACAAUCAAAAGUACACAGGAAGACAGUUUUUAGUGCUUGAUAUAGAGGACGUUACUGAUUCAGUGUAAUAAAUCUCUUCACUGUGGCAUAAUAUUAAAGGAAUC